CGAGCUCCUGUAACUUCGAACCUCCAAACGGGAUGCCCCAGCAUAUUACACCACCACCAACAUGCUGUCGGGGAUCCUAGUAUUCAAUCAAAAGGGCGAGAACCUCAUCUUCCGCGCCUUCCGGAGUGACUGCCGUCCACGUCUUGCCGACAUUUUUCGCAUCCAGGUCAUUGCCAACCCGCAGGUCCGCUCCCCGAUCCUGACCCUGGGCUCGACUACCUUCAGCCAUGUCAAGCAUGAGAAUAUCUACCUGGUCGCGGUGACCAAGAGCAAUGCCAAUGCCGCGCUCGUUUUUGAGUUCCUCUACAGGCUGAUCGUACUGGGAAGGAGUUACUUUGGAAAGUUUGACGAGGAGGCUGUGAAGAAUAACUUUGUGUUGAUUUACGAACUGCUUGAUGAAAUCCUCGACUUCGGUUACCCCCAAAAUACGGAGACGGAUACGUUGAAAAUGUACAUCACGACCGAGGGCGUCAAGUCCGCCAUCGCCAACUCGCCCACAGACUCCAGUCGAAUCACUCAGCAAGCAACCGGUGCGCUCUCCUGGCGCCGCUCCGAUAUCAAAUACCGAAAGAACGAAGCCUUUGUCGAUGUGAUCGAAGACGUGAACCUCCUGAUGUCGGCAACCGGCACCGUCCUGCGCGCCGAUGUGAAUGGGCAAAUUGUCAUGCGCGCAUAUCUUACCGGCACCCCGGAGUGCAAGUUUGGUCUGAACGACAGGCUCCUGUUAGACUCUGGUAGUUCCUCUAGUGCGAACGGAGGUCGAGGUGGUGGGGGCAUUUCUGGGAACAAACAGGCUACACGAGCCGCUGCCGGCUCGGUCACGCUCGAGGACUGCCAGUUCCACCAGUGCGUGAAACUUGGUCGAUUUGACGCCGAUCGUAUCAUCUCGUUCGUGCCGCCGGACGGCGAGUUCGAGUUGAUGCGCUACCGCGCGACAGAAAACGUCAACUUGCCCUUCAAGGUGCACCCAAUUGUGCGUGAGAUUGGCACGACAAAGGUUGAGUACAGCGUGGCAAUCAAGGCCAACUACAGUUCGAAGCUAUUUGCGACGAACGUAGUGGUCCGUAUUCCAACGCCGCUUAAUACUGCAAAGACAACCGAGCGCACGAGUCAAGGCCGCGCCAAGUAUGAGCCCGAGCAGAACAAUAUCGUGUGGAAGAUUGCGCGAUUCUCGGGCCAGAGCGAGUAUGUCCUCAAUGCGGAGGCGACUCUUACUUCGAUGACCCACCAGAAGGCCUGGAGUCGGCCACCGAUUAGCCUUUCGUUUAGCAUUCUCAUGUUCACCUCCUCUGGUUUGCUUGUGCGGUACUUGAAGGUCUUCGAGAAGAGCAAUUACAGUUCCGUCAAAUGGGUACGCUACAUGACUCGUGCGGGAAGCUACGAGAUCCGAUUCUAAUACCGCCGACCCCUUGGCUUAGAUGAUGGCGUGCAUAAGCCCUUGUCCUUUUUGAUUAUGGAAUCUCAGGCGGGGUGUCUGGCGUUGAUGGUGUUUUCUUCUUUCAUUGAUUUUACAUGACUCUUAUUUUUCUUUCGAUAAAUACUUUCAGUGCGCCAGUACUCCUCAUUUUCCCCUGUGCUUGCUUUCCCACCACCGGUCGACGUUUAUCAACCCUGUCACCCAUAAGAACCACAUAGCCAUUCUCGUCGUUGAUCGAUCUCGAGUCCACCUGCAUUUCCCUCUGGAAGCAUACCUGAGAAUCACCCCCUUCAACCGUAUCCCCUUUGAUCUCAACCUUUCUGCCUCUGUACACAUACUCUCGGUUCAGCCCGUUCUUUGGCAAAGGAUGAACCAUAGGAAUUGAUCUACCUUCAACAGCAACCUGCAGCAGGGGUAUCCUCGAUUUCCACUUCUGAACCAAUCGUGAUGCGCCGACGUCUGCACCGCAUUCGACCAGUAGCUUCGCCAAUGCAACGCUUUUCAUUUGCACUGCAAUUUGUAGCGGCGUUAGUUUCGCCGUCGGGUUGAAUGUAUUCUGGUCCGCUUCACGUUCCAGUAAGAAAGCCACAAGCUUAAGAUUUGGGGAACCCUUGCACCCAUAGAUAGCACCGUUCACUGGUCCAUAGCGCAACCUCACAGUUUGCAUCGAAGCGGCUCUAAUUUGAAUACAAUAUAACACUUAUCUUCA